UCUGCGGACAGGAUGUCGGCAGCUUUUUUAGCACGAGCACGUGCUGAGAGAACCUCAACGGUGAUAACAGCGCUGCGUCACCCGUUUCGAGAAGAGGAGGCCAUGGCUGAGAAGACAGCGGAGAUUCUCGAUUAUGCUGAACUCUUCUACUCAACGCUAUUUGAGGAAGAGGAGAACGGGGAAGAUGGCGACCUGAAAGACAGGGCCUGGGACCGGAUCUGGUCCAAAUGUGAGACCUUCCUUUCGCCCUUACAGAGUCAGACUCUGGAGAGGGAGAUCACCCGAGAAGAGAUAGACUGUGCAUUAGCAGCAUUGCCAAAAAGAAAGGCAGCUGGUCCGGAUGGGAUGCCCAUGGACCAUUUACACGCAGUCAAAGAACUGAUUCUGCCCGUUUUAUUGGAAAUGUACAACUCUUUCUUUUCGGGUCGGGUGCCUAUUCCCAAGGGAUUUGGGGAGGCAACGAUAGUACUGAUACAUAAGAAAGGGGAGCGGACUGAUAUUAGAAACUGGCGCCCGAUCUCUCUUUUGUCUGCGCCAUUCAAACUCUACGCGAAGGUCCAAUAUAGGCUAGCUGCGGUCCUCCCAGGUCUCAUCCACCCCACACAGAUGGGGUUUGUGUCGGGCAGACAGAUCCUGUCGAAUGUAAUAAUGGUACGGGAGGCUAUCCAAAUGGCAACACAGUUGGAGCGGCCUCUCACAGUCCUUUUUUUGGAUUUUGAGAAAGCGUAUGACUGGGUGAGGUGGCGGUUCCUGACACAGGGGCUGGAGGAAAGAGGGUUUGGACCUGGUUUUAAUGCGGCUGUGACAAAUCUGCUGCGAACGGCUGAAGCACGCCUGGAAAUCAAUGGCUGCAAAUCGAGACUGCUAACAAUCACACGAUCUGUUCGUCAAGGCUGCCCACUGUCACCGACACUAUAUAUUCUCUAUGUAGAACACUUGCAUGAGAUGCUGCGAGCUGACGAAAGAAUAAGAGGUCUGCCGCUGUCAGAGGGAGAAGGGCUGACAUCGAAUGGGUUCGCAGAUGAUAUGGCAGCCUUCACUGAGUGCUCAGAAAGCAGUGUGGGAGCCCUGAGAGAACUGAUUGCAGUCUACGAAAGCUUUGCUGGGGCCAAAGUGAAUUGGAAUAAAUCAGCAGUGUUGUUAACAGAACAGAGAGGGGAGGUGUUUUUCGAAGACAUGCAGAUUGUGGAGCCGGGGACGGGUAUUAAGUACCUGGGAGUGGGAGUUCCUGCGGCGCUGACGACUGGUGAGCAGAUUGAGGGCUUACUGGUGGAAGCACUCAGAAAGAUGAACAGAUGGACAGCACGGACCGAGGUGGGGGUGAUGGGAAGGGUGAUAGUGGUGAACAAUGCUAUCUCGUCAACUCUGUGAGAGGGAGAGGACUGGUACAGGGCCGAGGGAUGGAGAGUGGGAGAAUCAAGAGGGCCAGUUGGAGAACUGAUGAUGCGGGAUCCAGGGAGGGAUGGAGUGAUACACAGGCAAAACAUACGCUCGGUUGUUGUACUGCGGGACAAGGUUCAGAAACAUGGGGAGAGGUUUCGCCCAUACAAGGUGGAUCGCCAUCCGUUGCAACUGGCAUGGGAUCCUUCUGCGUGGGAGUGGACAGCAACGAACUCACAAAGGAAGGCUGUCAGCCCACAUCAAGUCACCACUAUGGUUAUAUACAGAACUCUGAAUGCCCCCACAGACAUGGCGGAUGAGAUGAAAGGGAGAUGGACGAAAAGGGGAUGGCUUCAGCCGAGUGAGGUGAUACACUGGACAGAGGGUACCUGGGAGCGGGCUUGUAGUCUGCUUACAAUGCUCCCGGACCAGAAACAGGCAGGGGGACUGUGGCUAAAUCUGCAAUUGGCGGUGCCCACCUUUCAGUGGAUGGAGGCGCACAGUGUAGCUGCAGACAAGGAUUGCAAAGUUUGCGCGACAGAACAGGAGACCCUCCCACACUUGUGGCUCGACUGUCCUCUGCAGGCGGAAUUCUGGCAGUGGUGGGAGAAUCUCGCUGAACAGAUACCUCUUUGCCCCUCUGGCCACCUCCAUCGGCCAUCAGUUUUGGUGGGCCAAAUUUUGACAGGACAGGUUUCCUCAUGUGUGCAAGCAUAUGCAGGAGAUAUGAUCUUGGUGGUAGUAGCAAAUAUUCAAAUGAGAACUUUGAAGACCGAAGUGGAGAAGGGUUCCAUGUGAACAGCGCUUGGACAUGGGUCAGUCGGCCCUAAGAGAUGUCGAAACCUUGUAUCAAGGGCGCACUGCGCGCCGCACAUCGAAAGGGGGUUGGGUUAAUAUUCCCGAACCGGGUUGUGGAGGUGGACGGUAACGGACGCAGCUGCGGAGAUGCCGGCGGGGGCCGUGGGGAGGGUUCUCUUUCCUUCUUGACGGCUCGCUCACCCUGGAAUCGGAUCAACCGGAGAUAGGGUGCACCUGGCAAAGCACUGCGCAUCCAAUGGUGUCCAGCGUACCCUCGAUGGCCCUUGAAAAUCUGGAGCUGCGGGUACCUCUCACGCCCGGC